AUGAAGUCUGAAGGAGUGGAAACAUUAGACUGGUCAGGAGAAGAGGAAGAGGAGGAGAAGAAGAGGAAGAGGAGGAGAGGAAGAGGAAGAGGAGGAGAGGAAGAGGAGGAUGGUUGCCAGGGUUACGGGCCUGCGGCGGUCUCCGGCCUGGCGGUGGGCUCCAGGACGUUCUCCAGCCUGGGCCUGGGGUGGCAGGCCGGCCCCGGCAGGACGCAGCGCUUCAGGCUGCUGCUGUGGGAGGAGGCCCCUCAUCAGCCCGGACGCCUGUACAACAUCACCAUGGUAACGGAGGCUGGCGGGCUGCAGAGCAGCAGCACGGUGCAGGCCCGGACAGCUCCAGCCUCCGUCUCCAACAUUACAGCCGACAGCGGCCAGACGAGCCUCCGGUUGUCGUGGCAACCGCCGGCCGGGGACGCGGACGCCGUGGUCGUCAGGGUCUCCCUGAACAACGCCAGCGUCUGGGAGACCACGCUGCCCCCGGACGCCACCGCCACCACCGUCCCCCAACUGACCCCCGGAUCGGCCUAUCAGGUCGCAGUCACCUCCAGGAGUGGCGGUUUGACCAGCCAAUCAGAAACCACCGUCAGAACAGGUCAGCGCUACAGGCUCCGGCUGCUGGCCGGGUCCCAGGAGGUGGUCAGCACCGGUCUGGAGCCAGGGGCAGUGAACUUCAGCUUCCCUGGGACCAGUCUAACACCUGGAAAGCUGCACAGAGCCGAGCUGAGAGUGGAGAGUGGGGGGCUGUGGGCGGAGAGCAGCUGUGAAGGGUCCACAGAUAACGUCACCGUGGACACCAGAGAGGUGGAGCCGAACAUGAGGGAGUGCACCUUUAACGUUUUGACCCCCGGCCGGCGUUACGCCAUCACCGUGGCAACUCGCAGCCACAACCUGAGCACCUCUGCGUCUGUGGAGGGGAGAACAGCUCCAGAGGCUUUACGCACCAUUAAAAUGAGGACCUCCGGGGUGGACAGCCUCCAGGCAUCAUGGGAAAAACCACCAGGCGACGUGGACUCGUACUCACUGACCCUGCUCAGAGACGGCGAGGUGAGAACAGGAACUCCAGACAGGAAGGAAAAGACGGUGUACUGGCGCCAUGCGGCGGGCGACCUGGACCGCUACGUGGUUCUGAUCCGGUUCAACCACAGCGUUCUGCAGAACCAGAGCGUCUCCGCCGGGCACAACGAGUGCGUCUUCUCCUCCCUGACGCCGGGCCGGCUCUACACCGUCACCGUGGAAACCUGGAGCGGCGGCCUGGUCAGCAGCGUCUCCACCGACGGCCGAACCCUUCCAGCAGGUGUAGGCCACCUGGCGCUGGGCGGAGCAGGGACGGCCCACCUGAACGUCACCUGGAGCCCCGCCCCCGGAGACGUGGACCACUACGAGGUGGGCAAACAGGGAGACCGAAGGCUGAGGGCUCAUCAGUUAGAGAUAGAGGCUGGUCCCAGCCGGAUCUCAGUGCUCUUCAACGACACCCAGGUGUUCCCCCCCCUGACGCUGGACAGUGGGCAGACCCACCACCAGCUCACCUCGCUGACCCCCGGCCGGCUCUACCGGAUCCUGGUGUCCACCUUCAGCGGGCCCUACCAGGCCACCGAGUUCCUGGAUGGACGCACAGGUAAGCCACCCCACCCCCCACCCCCCCACCCCUCUUCCAGAGUCCAGCUGCUGACCCCUGGCUCUGCUCUGUCAGUCCCCAGUGCUGUGAGGAACCUCCAGAUGCUGCCUCAGAUGGGUCAGACCGACUCCGUUGCCGGGCUGCUGGUCACCUGGGUGCCUGGAGACGGAGACCUGGACAUGCAUGUGGUCACCCUGGCGUCCACAUCGCUCCUGGACCAGGCGGGCGCCGCCGCGCUGCUCAACCAAUCGCUGGCGGCCUCCAGCCGGCGCCACCGAUUGGACGGCCUGACCUCGGGGCGCUGGUACCGCGUCCGGAUGCUGACCGUGAGCGGCGGCGUGCCCUCGCUGCUCGCCGCCACCGCCGAGGGACAAACGCGCCCGGCCGCGGUGGGGAAUCUGACCGUCUCCUGGACCAACACGUCCUCCCUCAGCUUCUCCUGGCGCCCGUCUGACGGACACGUGGACGUCUACAACCUGUCGCUGUUCAGCGUCGCCGCGGCGACGGCCGGCGAUGGAGCCCACAGACCGGUGAAGUGUGACCAGUACUGGCCUGCAGACCGGGAGCCGCUGUACUACGGAGACCUGGUCAUCCAGAUGAUGUCCGAGUCCGAGAGCAGCUGCUCGUACCCCCGGGUGCUGAGGCACUUCCACUACACGGUGUGGCCCGACCACGGAGUCCCUGAGAGCACCCAGUCCCUCAUCCAGUUCGUCAGGACGGUCCGGGACUAUGUGGACCGGUCCCCCAGCACUGGAGCCACCGUGGUGCACUGCAGUGCUGGGGGACCGGUCCACAUAGUCCCGGACCGUCCUGACGAACUGGAUGAGGGACUGGGUGCUCUCGGGGACUCCGUGGUCGGGCCACACCGUGUAGUGGAAGUGCCGCAGCACCCGGGGGACCUGAAGGACGUGGGCCGAAACCAGACCAUGGACACGGCCAGACUGCCCGAGAACCGAGGAAAGAACCGAUACAACAACAUCCUGCCAUAUGAUUCCACCAGAGUGAAGCUGUCCUACCUGGAGGAUGAUCCCUGCUCAGACUACAUCAACGCCAGCUACAUACCUGGGAACAACUACCGGCGGGAGUACAUCGCCACCCAGGGCCCGCUCCCCGGGACCAAGGACGACUUCUGGAGGAUGGUGUGGGAGCACAGCGUCUACAACGUCGUCAUGGUGACGCAGUGUGUGGAGAAAGGACGGCGGGCCCUGGGUGGCGAUGUACUCCCGCCGGUAGUUGUUCCCCUGAGGAAAAGCAGAGGCUCAGCGAGGGGCAGCGGUGUGCGUCUCCCUGCAGAUGUGAGCGUACACGUACAGAUGGGACUCGAAGUGGCACGCUUUGAUGGGACUGAGCAGAGAAAGGAGAAUCCGUUUAACACUACCAUCGUCUGA